AUGCGGGUUAGGAGGGCGCGCCAGUUUAUGAAAGUUCUGUCGGUCUAUGAGAGAUGCUUUGGUCUUGCCACGAAAAGCCUUGAAAUAUUCAUGGAUCACACUUUUGUUCGACAGGCUCUAAUGAACCAUGUAAAUAUAUCUGAGAGCAUCGCCAAUAUGGUCGGGCGGAAUUUUCGACCUGUAACAUCCUCCUGUGUUAUAGCUGAAUGUCAAGCCAUCGGCGCGUUAUUUUCUGGCGCCUUAGAAGUUCUCAAGGGUUACAUCCCACUUACGUGUCGGCAUGAAUACAACUCCGCUCUUGGUGCUGCUUGGUGUAUUCGGAAGAGAAUACGUACCGCUCGAAGACGUAGUAAAAUAUUCAGAAGGAUAAAAGAGGGUGAAAAAUGCUUUCUUUUCGCGUUAGCUUCGAAUGAUGUAGAACUGCAGGCUCUUGCACGCACUGUUCCUGGGAUGCCUGUAUUGUUUAUUGCUCAGCGUUGUCUUAAUAUUGAGCCAAUACCUAAAACCACACAGGAUAUAAUUGACAAUCUGACGCUGCAAAGUCUCGCUGUUAAUGCGUGUGAGUCGGCAAGGCUGAAACAGAUCGAGGAAAAAUUUGGUCUGCAAAAGGAAGACUGUAUGAAAAAUAAAAAAAAGAAGCAUGGUCCUUCCGGUCCAAAUCCAUUGUCGUGCCGGAAAAAGCAUUUGUCAAUCACAAUGACAGAUCCCAAUUCCAUCUCCAAGAGGAAACCUAGGCAACGGAAAAACCAUCAUCGCGCUCUACGGAAGACCUGGGCUAUGCGCCAAGUUCUGAAGUUUUAUGGCAUCUCUUCUGUACAUGCGCAACCCACUCCCUCCUCUUUGCCUGCCCCAUUACUUAGCACCGCGACUUGCAAUUCGUAA